AUGGUGAGCGUGCGCACGCGCACGCAGAUGGGCGCUUCCUCUGACCGGCCGGUGAAGUGGAUGGCAGCAGCCCGGCAGCCGCCCCCAGACGCGGACGGACAGGACACUCCUGCCGUGAGGCCCGUGACAGUCCUCCCCCUACUGGCCCUGGCCGCACUGUGCCUGGCUGGCACGGCGGAUGCGAAGCCCAGCGGUGUGGAGUCCCGCAGAGGUGCAGCCUUCGUGUCCAAGCAGGAGGGCAGCGAGCUGGUGAGGAGGCUCCGGCGUUACCUGGACUCCGGGCUGGGAGCCCCAGCCCCCUACCCGGAUGCCCUGGAGCCCAAGAGGGAAGUCUGCGAGCUCAGCCCCAACUGUGACGAGCUGGCUGACCACAUCGGCUUCCAGGACGCUUACCAGCGCUUCUAUGGCACAGUCUAGAGAGGGCAGCAACCCCCCCAACCCCGGCUCCCCUCCCCUCUCCCUGGCCCCCCUGCCCCGCAAGUGUGGGGUCCCCAUCAUCCCAGCUGCUCCAGAAUAAACUCCGGAAGAGGAAUUUGUGGGGCUGCGAGUCUUUGUCCAUCUGUGGAGUUUGGGGGGAUGGUUGUGGAUGGGAGUGGAGAGGAGGUGUACCCUCUUCAGUCUCAGAAAGUACUUCCCCAAAUCUGCUGUCGACUGAUUUAUUUGUACCCACCUCGUC